GAACACCAAACCGAACCGAAGCGAGCCGAAGGCCGCGACGAGCUUUCUCUUCUCUCACCUUCUCUUUCCGGCCUUCCGCGACCGCGGCGAGCAACGACGACCACGGCGAAGAUGGCCGCUUCCUUUGGCUGCCACGGCCACCACCUCCUCCUACUCCUCGUCGCCGUCGUGUCGGCUUGCCUCGGCGCCGCUGCCGCUGCUGGAUCUGGCGAUGGGUACACGAUCGCCGGCCGCAUCAAGAUCGACGGUGCGAAUGCGAAGGGCUUUGGUCUUCCAGCUAAGACAUCAAACACAAAAGUGAUACUUAAUGGUGGUCAGAGAGUUACAUUUGCCAGGCCAGAUGGCUACUUUGCUUUUCACAAUGUGCCAGCUGGAACUCAUUUGAUUGAAGUUUCCUCAAUCGGUUACUUCUUUUCCCCUGUUCGAGUAGACAUCAGUGCAAGGAAUCCUGGCUAUAUUCAAGCAGCAUUGACUGAAACUAGAAGAGUUCUAAAUGAGCUUGUGCUGGAACCUCUGAAGGAAGAGCAGUACUAUGAGGUGAGGGAGCCUUUCUCCGUUAUGUCACUUCUGAAGAGUCCCAUGGGGUUGAUGGUUGGUUUUAUGGUCCUAAUGGUCUUCGUGAUGCCCAAGAUGAUGGAGAACAUAGAUCCUGAGGAGAUGAAGCAAGCUCAAGAACAAAUGAGGAACAACCCUGUUUCAUUCUCAAGCUUGCUUACCAGAACGCAGGGCUAGAAGUAGAAUGUGGGGAUGACGCAAAGGGGUCUGUCUAGUCGAUAAUGUGAUGAAGCACUGUACUGGGGAUGUGGAAACUCUUUCCCCUAUUUUUACUGUAUUUUAAGCUGUAAUUUAUCUGUGAUGUAGAACCUUUUGAAACCUCUAGCUGAACUAGUCAUGCAGUACAUUAACAUAUACCCGGCAGGUUGAGUUAUUUUGUUGAAAAUAUAUGUCUUUUUUUGAAUCA